UUGGACUCUUCAGAAGAAAUUCUUUCAAGCGGAAAGGAUGACAAGGAAAAAUCUGCCAAGAAAAAAGAUAAAACGAAGAAAAAGAAAGUCGAGAAAAUCAGUAAAUCAACAGUGGAAUCUAUAGAAGAAACCCCACCAAGAGGAGAAAAUGGUAAGAAAAAAGAAAAAAUAAAGAAAAAGAAAGUAACGAAGACAGUGAAGUCUGAACCUCCUGAAGAAGAUGUCAGCCAAACCAUAAGCGAGGCUCUCAAACAGAAUCUACGAAAGAACAUUGCUUCGAUUUCGAAGAGCUCAAAAUAUAAGGAAGAAAGCAGGGAGGAAUCAGAAGAAUCCGGCGAGGCUGAAAAUGCAAAAAAGCAGCCGAAUGGAGAUGAAGAAGAGGAAGCAGAAGAGGGGGAGGAACCAGCUGGAGCUGGAAGUCAAGGCGAUGAGGAAUCAGAAGGAUCCACCACAUUAGAACCAGAGCAUUCAGCGGAAGUCGUCAUAAGUAUCAAAGAAGCGACAACGGAAGAGCCGGAAAAGAAGACGGAAAAGAAAAUUCUGGAGAAGAAGCAUCGAAAGAAAGGAAAGCCAAAGGAAUUAGAGGACACAGACGACAGCAGCACUCCAGAAUCGUCCACACUACGCAUUAAAAUUGGAGGAGAUGAUACAAAUAUUCACACCGAUAAAAUAAAAGCGAGUUUGAAGGAUGCUCCAAAUGCGAAAUACUACUAUCCGCCGAAAGUUACGGUGCCCCUACCGUCGUGUUUCUACAAUCCCUCAGGUUACGUCUGCUGCAACUUGCACCUGAACAAUCUCAUUGAAGACACAUUUGAAAUGAUCAAGAAUGUGAAAAGCUACAGCGCUUGCAAUAUCGCACGAAUGGCUACCAUCAUUCAGGUACUUUAG